AUGGGGCCAGCGUGGCUGUGGCUGCUGGGAGUAGGGAUCCUGGCCUCUGUCCUUUGUCAGCCCUUUCCUGCCCAUGCAGAUAAGAAUCUGGGGGUGCCUCAAGCCCCCAGUGACCAGCACUCAGAGCCAGCCCCCGCCCACCGUAAAAUCACACCCACCAUUACCAACUUUGCUCUGCGUUUGUAUAAGCAGCUGGCAGCAGAAACCACAGGAAACAUCUUCUUCUCGCCCGUGAGCAUCUCUACCACCCUGGCCCUGCUCUCUCUUGGGGCGCAAGCUGACACCCCGACUCAGAUCCUGGAGGGCCUCGGCUUCAACCUCACGGAGACCCCAGAGGCCGACGUCCACCGAGGUUUCCAGAGCCUCAUCCACACCCUGAACUGGCCCAGCCCCAAACUUGAACUCAAAGUAGGCAGCUCCCUGUUCCUGGACAAGCAGCUGAAACCUCAGCAACACUUUCUGGACACCAUCAGAGAGCUGUACGGGGCUUUCGCUUUUUCUGCCAACUUCACGGAUUCCGCUACAACUGGGAGGCAGAUUAAUGACUACGUGAGAAAGCAAACAUACGGGCAGGUCGUGGAUUGCCUCCAGGAGCUCACACAAGACACGCUCAUGGUCCUCCUGAAUUACGUCUUCUUCAAAGCCAAGUGGAAGCAUCCCUUCAAUCGCUAUCAGAGCCAGAAGCAAGAGAGCUUCUCUGUGGAUGAGAGGACCUCUCUACGUGUCCCCAUGAUGCACCAGAAGGAAAUGCACAGGUUCCUCUAUGACCAGGAGGUGGCUUGCACUGUCCUCCAGAUCGAGUACAGCGGAAAUGCCCAGGCCCUGCUGAUCCUCCCUGAUCCUGGGAAAAUGGAGCAGGUGGAGGCGGCUCUACAGCCAGAGACCUUGAGAAAAUGGGGCCAGUUGCUCCUGCCCAGCCUACUGGACUUGCAUUUGCCAAGGGUUUCAAUUUCUGGAACACAUGACCUGGAAGAGAUACUUCCCCACAUUGGUCUCACCAACAUUUUCAACAUGGACGCUGACUUAUCAGGAAUCACUGGGCAGCUCAACAAAACCAUCUCCAGGGUGUCACACAAGGCGGCCGUCGACAUGAGUGAGCGGGGAACCGAGGUAGGAGCUGCCUCAGGCCUCCUCUCCCAGCCCCAGGCUCUGAAUGCAACAUCGGCCCCACAUUCCCAUUUCAACAGGCCUUUCCUGGUGCUCCUUUGGGAGAUGACCACCCAGAGCUUACUCUUCCUGGGAAAAGUUGUCAACCCGGUGGCAGGGUGACCGUGGUGGGAGGCCAGGCGGUGUCUUGUCUCUCCUCAGCUCAAACAAACAGGAAGCCCAGCACCAGCCUGCAUCACGGCUGCUGUGAGAACCAGUUAAUCAGUGUGCAAAGAUGCUAAUAA